UUUCCACGAGUGGUCGUGACCCUUGGCUAUAACCGGACCACGACACUUGCCCUAGCAGCUCCACCGUUUGUACUCUGCUGCAUAGUCAUUUUGAUCAUGGUUUUUCGCUCCGAUCGUACUGGGGAACGCUACUGCCACAUCGUCUUUCCACUGAGCGUCACCCUGGUCGCCAACAUCAUCGCUGUCUCAACCUUGAGCACAGCAGGCCGAUACAUCGCCAUGAUGCUGAUGCCACCGUCAUUCUAUGCGGCCUUUGCUGUU